UUGUUGAAGAUUUUCCCGGGAAAAUAUAUCGUCUCUACCGGAAUCCCCUGUUUCAGAUGAGCUCCUCUGUCGGAAUCUCGUUUCCUCUUGCCGUUAAACUACCUGAAGUUCCAUCAUCUAGAGGAAGCUCAACAGUGUUUUUACCAGCUCAGAUUAAGAAUAAGACUCGAGAGAUCUCAAUGUCGUCGAAUUCUCCAUCAUCUUUAACAGUAAACGAUGGGAAUUGUUGUUAUUCAGAGACAUCACUGAUUGAGCUUAUACGAGAGUCUGCAGAUGAAAGGUGUUUAAAGAAAGCGAAAUCGGUUCAUGGAUUUCUUAUUAAAUUUCAGUUUACUGAGAAGUCCUUGACGGUAAUGUUGAAUCAGUUGGUUAUUGCCUACUCAAAAUGCUCAGACUUUGGUUCUGCUCGUCAGGUGUUCGACGAAAUUCCCCAAAAGAGUGUUUUUUCGUGGACUGUUUUAAUGGUUGGCGCUACGGAGAACGGGUACUACCGUGAUGGGAUUGAUUAUUUUGUUGAGAUGCUUGGUUGCGAUAUCGUCCCCGAUGAGUACGCUUUUUCUGCUGCGAUACAGGCAUGUAUUGGUGUGGAUAGUAUUGAUGUGGAUGAAAUGGUUCAUGCUCAGGUUAUAACUCGGGGAUUUUCGUCUCGUGUGUUUGUUAAUACGUCUUUGCUUGGCAUGUAUGCUAAGUUGGGGAGGAUUGGGGAUUCCUAUAAGGUGUUUAAUUCCAUGGAAAAUCGUAACCAAGUUUCAUGGAAUGCAAUGAUAUCAGGGUUUGUGUCAAACGGUCUUUAUGCGGAAGCAUACAAUAGUUUCUUGAGAAUGCUGGAAGAGGAAAUUAGACCGAACGUAUCGUGUUUUAUUAGCGUCUCGAAAGCUAUUGGACAGUUGGGAGAUGUUGAGAAAGGUAGAUACAUUGCUCAGAUUGUUUUAGAAAUUGGUAUGCAGUCAAACAUCCACGUGGGAACAGCUUUGAUUGAUAUGUUUGCAAAAUGUGGAUGUGUCACUGAAGCACUGUCAGUUUUUGAGUCGAAUUUCUCUGGUUGUGGAGGGAAUUUACCGUGGAACGCUAUGAUAUCUGGUUAUACAAUUUCAAGGCACGGCGAAGAAGCAAUGUUGCUGUUUCUUAGGAUGUGUCAGAAUAAUAUCAAGCGAGACGUAUACACAUACUGCAGUGCAUUGAAUUCAAUUGCUGACAUGAGGUCUUUAGAAUAUGUAAAGCAGGUUCACGGGAUGAUCUGGAAAAGUGGACGAGAAUCGUUUGGUGUGAGUCUCUGCAAUGCAUUAAUGGAUGCAUAUGCCAAAUGUGGGGAACUUGACGCGAUGAUGAAGCUUUUUGACACUUGGGAGGAAUCAAACCAGAUUUCAUGGACAACGCUUGUGACAGCUUAUUCUCAGUCUUCUGAAUGGGAGGAUGCACUAAGCGUCUUCUCUCAGAUGAGAGAAAUGGGAUUUCAACCGAACCAAGUCACAUUUUCCGGUGUACUUGCGUCAUGUGCUAGCCUCUGUUCUCUCGAGUAUGGGCAGCAAGUUCACAGCUUGACAUACAAAACUGGCUUUGCUAGGGACAAAUGUGUAGAGAGUGUUCUUAUCGAUAUGUAUGCGAAAUGUGGUAGUGUAAGAGAUGCCAUCAAGGUAUUUGAAUCUUUGAAGGACCCUGAUGUCAUUUCAUGGACCGCCAUGAUAUCUGGAUAUGCCCAACACGGUAUGGCGAAGGAUGCCUUAGAGCUCUUCCGAAAAAUGGAGCUUGUACUUCCAAAACCCAAUUCAGUUACAUUUCUAUGCCUUCUGUUUGCUUGCAGCCACGGGGGACUAGUGGAUGAAGGCUUGAGGUAUUUUCAUUUAAUGGAGGAAAGAUACGGGCUGGUCCCGGAAAUUGAACAUUAUGCUUGUGUGGUUGAUAUCCUUGGCCGCGUCGGCCGGCUAACGGAAGCAUGGAAGUUUAUAAUGAAGAUGCCGAUAGAACCUGAUGAGAAAGUCUGGUCGACAUUGCUUGGAGCAUGUAGGGUUCAUGGGAACAUUCAGUUGGCAAAGAUUGCUGCUCAAAAGGUUCUCUCUUAUAAUCCGGAUGAUUUUGCUGCUCUUGUUCUCUUGUCAAAUACAUAUAGAGAAGCUGGAAAUAUUGAAGGUGGAUUGAAUGUAAGAAAUAUGAUGAAAUCUCAAGCCAUGAGAAAAGAACCUGGAAUGAGCUGGAUUUCCAUCGGAGGUAAAAUCCACAAGUUUUGCUCCGGGGAUCAAUACCAUCCCCAGAAGGAUGAUAUAUACAAAACACUGAAUGUAUUGAUGGAGAAAGUGCAGGGUAAAAAGUGUUGAAUCUGUGGUUAUUUAUAACAUAAACCCUAGUUCAUGAU